GAACAAUGUCGCCGCACUCAAUUGUCCGUCAUCCAUUGCAAUUGCUCUCGGAAUUCAGCUUACCACUUCUUAUCGCUGCGUGCUCGGCUAGGCGCCAUUUGAAUUAUGGCCUCGAAAAGCGCCGAUGGCGCUGUGAUCGAAAUGCACGCUGACACGGUGUCACCGCUCGAUGAGAAUUCGACCCCGCAAAACGCAUUCUACUUGACCGAGCAGGACCCUGAAGAGUCGAAACGGCUGGAGAAGCAAGUCCGAUGGAAGACAGACUUACGUCUGUGUAGCAUUGCCGGUAUUCUGUGUAGUCUCAACCUACUCGACUCGGGCAUUCUCUCGUCGGCAUCGGUGACUAGUAUGCCCAGCGACUUGGAUCUGCAUGGAAACCGCUACUCAGCCUCGAUUUUCAUAUUCACGGUUGCGAGCAUUGUCUGCCAAUUGCCGUCCACUCUCGCAGUUCGCUGGGUCGGUCCCCGAGUCUGGUUCGCCGCGAUUACCUUCAUAUUCGGCCUGAUCACGUUAUGUACCGCCUUUAUUCAUACUUGGCGACAGAUGAUUGCGCUGCGAGUGUUGCUCGGAAUGGCCAUGUCAGGGAUCUAUCCAGGCUUGACUUAUCUCAUCAGCACAUGGUACCCACGCCGAGAACAGCAGGUCCGGUUCGCGGUUCUCCAGUCGGGUGAGGUGAUCGGGCUCGCGACAGGGUAUAUCGUGAACUAUGGUCUGAACCUGCUGGAUGGGAAAUCAGGCAUGCAAGGCUGGCGCUGGAUGUACCUUGUUCAGGGCUUGAUCACUAGCGUCAUUGGGAUUCUCACAUAUUGGUGGAUGGUCGACUUCCCGGAGAACGCUCACCGUAGCUUUCACUUCCUGAGCGAAGCAGAGGCACGUGUGGCUGCACAGCGGAUUCGAGCUGACCGUGAUGACAUAAUGCCUGAUGCUUUCUCGUGGAGCAAGGCUUUGGCCCCUUUCGCCGAUUUGAAGCUGUAUGGCUUUGCCUGCAUGUACUUCUUAUUGAAUCUUGUUUCAACGGCGCUGAACUACUUUCUGCCUAUCAUUCUCGAGUCAGGUAUGGGCUUUUCGAGCAAUGAUUCUAUCCUUCUCUCAACACCGCCCUACUAUUGGUCCGUACUUCCGGUCCUUUUCACGUCGUUCGUGGGCGAUUCUUAUCGCAUCCGGGGCCCGCUCAUCACCUUCAACGCCCUCUGCCUGAUAGCGGGAUUUCUUAUGUUUGGUCUACCAUCCUCGACGCAGGUCACUGUGCGGUAUAUCGGGACUUUCCUCGCUACCGGGGCAUAUGUCUCCAACUGGGCGGCUCUGAACGCAUUCAUGGCCAACAACGUCGUGGGUCAGUGGAAUCGCGCCUCCACUGCAGCCGCUGUAUCGGCGUGUAAUGGUCUGGGUGGUGUGGCGGGCAGUUAUAUAGUGCGACAGCAGGAAGCACCACGCUAUCAAACCGCCGUCUGGGUAUCUAUUGGCUCCCAUGUCCUCAUGAUUGUUCUAGUGGGUGUCUUCACGCUCUCUUUCUACUCGCUGAAUAGACGGCAGAAGAAAGGAAAGAUUCUUCAGAAUAUGCGUGGAUUCGGGUAUACAUAUUAGCAUAUAGAUCUCGGACGAAUCGAAGCAGAGCAUGGC